GACCCACCGGAUACUUUCUCCUCACUUUUCAAAUUGCAAAACGGGGCUUUACAGCCUACACAAUGGAUUAUCUCAGAUGUCUUUUAACUGUAUCGCUGGUUCAGAUUGUAACGUCGUCUGGACUGUUUGAGUUGAAAAUCCAUUCAUUCACCACAACCCGACGUUAUUGCAGACGGUCGAGAGAGUGUAACAUUUUUUUCCGAAUUUGCUUGAAACAUGCCGAAGAUGUUAUAUCUGCCGAACCGCCAUGCACUUUUGGAACAGGACAAACAAAUAUUCUACCUGCUGAUCAAAGCUCAAUUGCGAACAGUGUGCCUAUACGAGUGCCUUUCCAUUUCAAGUGGCCGGGAACAUUUUCUCUCAUAAUUGAAGCAUGGAACGCCGAAUCUACUACAGAUAACACAGAAAAUCAGAAUAAUCUUAUCAGCCGUUUAGCGACCAGAAGAAGAUUAGCAAUUGGCGAGAAUUGGUCCCAAGAUAUCCACUAUGGGGAGCAGAGUGAGAUGCGAUACUCCUACCACGUCUCCUGUGAUGAGAACUACCAUGGCGACGAUUGCGCCGAUUAUUGCAGACCUCGUGAUGAUACUUUAGGCCACUACACGUGUGAUGAAACUGGAUCCAAGGAGUGUCUGGUGGGAUGGAAAGGCCAAUACUGCUCUGAGCCCAUCUGCUCAUCUGACUGCAGCGAGACACAUGGCUACUGCGAGGCCCCUGGGGACUGCAAGUGCCGCUUGGGGUGGCAGGGGCCUCACUGCAAUGAGUGUGUGCGCUACCCAGGCUGCCUCCAUGGAACAUGCAGUCAGCCGUGGCAGUGCAUCUGCAAGGAAGGCUGGGGAGGUCUGUUCUGCAAUCAGGACCUGAACUACUGCACCAACCACAAGCCAUGCGCCAACGGGGCCACCUGCACCAACACCGGCCAGGGCAGUUACACGUGCACCUGCCGGCCAGGAUUCGGGGGCACCAACUGUGAACUGGAGAUCAACGAGUGUGACUGCAACCCAUGCAAGAACGGAGGCAGCUGUAACGACCUAGAGAAUGACUACUCGUGCACCUGCCCUCAGGGGUUUUAUGGUAAAAACUGUGAGAUCAUUGCUAUGACUUGCGCCGACGACCCUUGCUUCAAUGGUGGCACCUGUAUGGAAAAGCCGACAGGAGGUUAUUCGUGCCAAUGCCUCUCAGGGUUCACCGGCUCCAACUGCGAGAAGAGACUUGAUCGUUGCGGCCACAAGCCCUGUGCCAACGGGGGCGACUGUGUGGAUUUGGGUCAGAGUGUCCUCUGUCGUUGUCGUCCAGGCUUCGCUGGACCCGACUGUAGCAUCAACGUGGACGACUGUGCCCAAGUCCCCUGCUACAAUGCCGGCACAUGUAUUGAUGGUGUCAACGAUUAUAUAUGUAGAUGCACAUUGGGUUUCUCCGGCAAGAAUUGCAGCAUUCGUGCAGAUGCCUGCUUGGUGCACCAGUGUCAGAAUGGCGGCACGUGUUAUACACACUUCAGUGGCCCUGUCUGCCAGUGUCCCCCAGGUUUCAUGGGCCCUAGCUGUGAGUUCCCAGUGCGCCCAAGCUUUGAGAGGGCCUACUGGAGAAGUCCCCCAGCCUCUGGACUCUCCCCAGCGGCCCUGGCUACUUCUGUCAUCUUGGGCAUCAUGGCCUUUGGCCUGGCUGUCUGUGCAGUGAUUUUGCAUCGUCGAAAGAGGGUCAGGCAGAUCAAGAGGCAGCAGCUUUGUGACUCGGUCUUCAACGAUCUGGAGAGAGAAACCGCCAACGGCUUUGUCUCCAGCUAUCCAGAUGAGAGGGGAAACUUUCUUGGGCCGAUUAGUGGUGGGAGCAGCCAUGGGAAGAUCAGCAACAACGAUGGCCGGAUCAGCCUCUCCCUGUGCCCCGGUAUGGCAGACAGAGCUGGCCCUGAGUUCAUCUGGAGCGGUGCACCCGUUGGAAUGGGACUAAGAUGA